UCGCUGUGGGGACCGGUUGUGGAAAGCGGUUCACACCAGCCACUAGCUCUAAGCCGCUGUUCUGUGUAGUUACGGGCGUCAGGCCAACUAGAUAGUCAGUUAGGGGAAUAUUCGGAAACCCGGUUUGAAAUCAGUGGUAAGAGGAAAUUAGAUAAAUUAUACAUCAUUCUCUAUUGUUAACUGUAGUUUAUAGUAUUAUUGGCAUAAAGUAUAUACUGUUGUUUAGGGAACGCGUUAUGAAGUACGUGGUGUUGGUGAUGUCUCUAUACUGUUACCAGUGAAUGCCUUUCUAAUCUGUGGAAAAAAGUUUCUGAUAACCAAGCAACAUGUGUGGUGUGCAUACUGUGAUUUUUUCUCGUGUACAUUAAUGAAACCAACAUACAUGAAGAGGAAAACUGGAAGUUUAUUUAGUGAUCUAUCUUCCUGCAACAUUUCAAAAGUGAGGUGUCUUAUAUAAGGACUUUUAGUUUGAAAUAGUGUUACCAUAUACCAUCAAACUAAAAUAAUUAAAUCCCUACUUAUAUUAAUUAAACUUUGCAUUUAAUUUUACUUUAAUUAUCUUUCGGAGGUGACUUCGAAGAAUGAAAUAAACAAAAUGAUUACGAAUAUUAUCCAUUCAGAAUUUGUGUAAAGUUAAAGAACGUAAAUAAAUAAAUAAAUCGAAUAAGUGAAUUAUCGAUAAAAAGUUUUGUGCAUCUGAAAGCGCAUCAGAUCAUCAGUGGUGAUGCCUGCAGUAUCAUCUAGCCGGACACGAUUAUUGUCAUAUUCCGAAACUUUUGACAUUACUUCAGAUAUCCUCAAACCCAGAAGCAUCAGUGGUCACCCGCCAAGCAUAUUUUACACACAACAUCGCCAACACAACAAUCGUAACACGACUAGAACCGAACUCAAGUCCUGCUCUCCCCAUGUAGCGAAUGUGUGCCCAGCAUUUCAAGUCUAUAGACGACAACACAUAGACGAGAAAGGAGUGUGAGCGACAAUGCGCGGGUUGCUGAUGGUUCUACCCGUGCUGCUCGCGACCCUUCACCAGCCAGCGUGUUCCUCCUUCAGCUCCAAGUCUGCCAAUACCAACAGCCUUAAGGAGAAUUCCGAAGUCCUGGCGAACGUGGAGGCCAGUCUACUGUCAAUGUUCGGGUUCAAAAAAAGGCCGCGUCCCGCUAAGGUGGUUGUGCCCGAAGCCAUGUUGGAAUUGUACCGAAAGCAGACCGGGUUCGAAGUGGAUACCACGGCACUGCCCCUACCUGGCAGACACACUCGCACUGCCAACACGGUGCGGAGUUUUCCUCACGUCGAGAGCAGCGCAGAUGCACGUUUUCCGAGCCAACAGAAAUUCCGUCUUGCUUUCGACAUAAAAAACAUCCCCAAAGGAGAAAAACUGAAGGCAGCAGAAUUGCAGAUAAAUCGUCAACCAGUGAUUCCAGAGGCUGGCAAGGAGACACGGCGUAGUAAUGCAGUGAGUAAUGUGGAAAACAGGGUCUCGGAAAGUGAUGACCAAAUGAAUGUACUGAAGGUGCAUGCAGAAACAAAAGAGGCUACAGACAGUGUGACAGCCAACUUCGCUGCAAGAGCUCAACACAGUGAUCGGGCGAGUUCGAUAAGGAAACAAAGGAAGGGUCUAUCACGGCGUUACCUCUUCUGGCUUCUAGUACACGACAUUGUGAAGCCAGGAAUCCACGGACGUCGAGAGCCUAUAAUCCGCCUCAUCGACUCGAAAGUUAUAGACAUUCGAGACGACAACCCUGUAAUCUUAGACGUUGUUCCAGCUGUCGAACGCUGGAUUGAAACUCCAAACGAGAAUCAUGGACUGCUUAUCGAAGUGAUGCCUGUAGACAAUAACAUUAAUAUGUCAAAGAGUGAAAAUCACUUGCGAUUGCGUCGAGAAAUAAAUGAAGACGACAGAGAGUGGUUGCCGAAACAGCCAAUCCUGUUCACAUAUACAGAUGACGGUAAGAACAGACCGAGAUAUGGGGAAGAGAUAGUGAGUAGGUCCAAACGCGCUUCACAGUCAUCUAAACGCGCUGCACAAUCCAGGAAACGGAAGGAAGGCCGUGAGAAUUGUCGCAGGUACCCUCUUUACGUGGACUUUCAAGACGUUGGAUGGAAUGAUUGGAUCGUAGCUCCACCGGGCUAUGACGCUUUCUAUUGUCAUGGUGAUUGUCCUUUCCCAUUGGCAGAUCAUCUCAAUUCGACGAAUCACGCAAUUGUGCAGACCCUGGUGAAUUCUGUGAACCCCAGUGCGGUGCCGAAAGCAUGUUGUGUCCCCACUUCUCUGACAUCAAUUUCAAUGUUGUAUCUGGAUGAAGAAAGUAAGGUAGUGCUCAAAAACUAUCAAGACAUGGCUGUACUUGGGUGUGGUUGCCGGUAAAUGUAUCAGACUUCCAUAAACUAUUCUUUCCACAUCACCAAGUUUGGAUGUACGAGUGAAUAAAGUACGGAUUGAGUCCUGUUCUUAGCGGGCUUGAGAUCACUUCAUCCACUUUAACAUAGAACACACAGACACGUAACAAUAAUAAAUUGUCGGUUUCUUGAGCGAGUGAAUGUUUUUGAGUGCUGAAUGUGAGGAGUGAGUGCGGUGAUGUUGGGUGUGGUUGCAGCAGUGUCCAGCGCCGAAUAAUUUAAGAGCCUGCCAUGUUGAAACGAUACACUACGGGUUUUCUGUUCCCUGGCGAGGUCCAGGCGUUCCUGUGGUUGUUCUUUAUACAAGUACCGUAACUGGUCAUCAUUCUGUUCUAUUGGUGCGAGCUGAUGGGAUCCGUUUGCAGAUUUCAUCUCGCUGACACUAAACAGUUCAAACAUGGCCAAACAUACAAAUAUAUUAUGGACAAAAUUUCUGAAACAUAAUACAAUAUACUUAUAUAAAAAAAUCCGUGGUUUU